CUUAUGAAGAAGAAUAUGGAAAACAGAACUUGAAACACAUGGUUAUUUGAUUUAUAGGGAAGAUGCACCUUGAGAGAUUUGCUAGCAAUAUAUGAUGCCCAUGAUUUGUUUCUUGUUUUAAAAAUGGUAACCAAUUUGCUUGUUACUAAUGAUGCUUGCCCUACCUUCCAAUCCAGAAGUUACAAUUACUUGCUGGAUUUUUUUAUGUAGAUCAAAUGGCUCGGCUUCCUAUUACCGAACAACGACGAAAACUAAAGAAACUAUUAUUGCUUCAACAAACAACCAACAAUAUGCUGGUCUUGUUAUUUGCUCUAUAUUAUGUACUCAUUUGUUCAUACCUUCGAGAUAAUGUUCGUCAUAUCAAAACAAAAGAAGAAAAAAGAGUCAAUCGAAUGAGAUGGAUGUGUAGAUUGACAAUGGAUUGUGAUUCUGCUUGCAUUAGUCAACUUCGCAUGGAUAGAGCAACCUUUAGGAUAUUGUGUGAUAUGGUAGCAAACAUUGGAGGACUAAAACCCACUAAGAACACAUCCAUAGAGGAGGUUGUAGCAAUGUUCAUAUAUACCUUGGCUCAUCACAAAAAAAGUAGAACAAUUAGCCUACUUUUUUACCGUAGUACAGAAACAGUGAGUCGGCAAUUUCAUCAAGUUCUUAAUGCAAUUUUAAAAUUAUAUCCUAUUUUGCUCAAGAAGCCAGAACCUAUUACUCAGGAUUGUCAAGAUGAGAAGUGGAAAUGUUUUCAGGGAUGCUUAGGAGCGUUAGAUGGAACAUUAAUUAAAGUUACACCUCCUACAGAAGAUAAACCUCGUUUUCGCACUAGAAAAGGGUGUAUUUCAACUAAUGUAUUAGGUGUUUGUUGCCCAAACAUGCAAUUCAUAUAUGUAUUACCUGGUUGGGAGGGAUCAGCACAUGAUGGUCGUGUGCUUCGAGAUGCGAUAUCAAGACCGCAUGGUCUAAGGGUCCCUCGAGGUACAUUUGCGUUGUAAUGUAUACUAUAAAUUUUAUUUUUAUUUUUUAAUGUUACUAACAAUUUCAUUUAUAUUCAACAAUGAAGGUUGUUAUUACUUGGUUGACUCUGGAUAUUGCAAUGCAAAUGGAUUUCUUGUCCCAUAUCGAGGACAACGAUAUCACCUAAAAGAAUUUGAUGGCCAUCGACCGGAGACACCAGAGGAAUACUUCAACAUGAAGCAUUCUAAGGCUAGGAAUGUUAUAGAAAGAUGUUUUGGGUUGUUAAAGGGGAGAUGGAAGAUUCUUGCAUCACCAUCAUUUUUCUCCAUUCAAACCCAAAUUCGGAUUAUCAUGGCAUGUUGUCUUAUGCAUAAUUUGAUUCGCAAGUUUAUGAGCUUUGAUCCACAAGAGUCACUUAUAGCAGAUGAGGAAGAGGAAUCUGAUGGGGGAAGUGACAAUGAAGAAGUAGAGUAUAUUACGCAAAUUAAUCCAAGUAAUGAGUGGUCAUCAUUUAGAAAUAAUAUGGCAACCAAUAUGUAUAACACAUGGUCUACUAGACCUAGUGGCAAUGUUAGUGAUUGAGUUCUAUUUUGUAAGAAUGUUAUAACAAUUGCGUGUUCUGAUUUUAUAUAUGUAUUUGAAUGGUACCAGUUCUACUCGACAUUAUA